GUUUUAUCAUUCAUAUUGCCACAUGACAUUUAAAAAAAAUUAUUAAAAUUUUUUGUUCCAAUAAGAAUGAAUGAAAAGGAUAAUUUAUUGCAGUUUCAGGAUUAUAAUGCUGAAGAUAUAGCUGAAAACUCAUCUAUGACAUAUCCUAAUCAACAAAUCAAUGAUUAUGAAAUGAAUAAAUCUGAUGCAACUAUAACUGCAGCAAAUUUUUUGAAAUUUGAUUUCUAUAAAAAGUUUUUUCAAAUUGAAUCAGAGGAUGUUAUUAGUAGAAUAAAGUUCUCAUUAUUGCCAUUACCAAAAAAUUUUCAUUUAGAAAACAUUAAGUCAAACCCAGACUUGUAUGGUCCCAUUUGGAUAUGCAUCACUUUGAUAAUAUCGUUAUCUAUUUUCGAAAAUAUUGGUAAUUUUAUAAAAUUUUAUGGACAUCAUGGAAAUGGGUGGGUUUCCGAUUUUGGAAAAAUACCAAGUGCUGGCCUGGCAAUUUUAAUAUAUGCCUGGGUCAUACCCUCAUUACUUUAUGUAUAUGUAAAGUUGAAGAAUAAGUCUAUUAGUUUAGGAUAUUCAGAACUAUUAUGUCUGUAUGGAUAUUCCUUAGCCAUAUUCAUUCCUACAACCUUUGUUUGUGUGGUGAAUAAGAGUUGGUUACAAUGGAUUGUUCUGAUUUUAUCUGGGGCUGUAUCAUUUGUCAUGGUAGCACAAUCCAUAUGGCCAACUUUGACUGACAUCAAAAAGAUUUACAAUUUAAUUCUAUUUUCUAUAAUACUUACUUGCCAGAUUCUAUUUGUUUUCGUACUCAAACACUUUUUUAUAAGCUAAAUUGGAUGAAUACAAAAGUGAUAUCAGGAUAUAUGCUUUGCUUUGAAAUAUACAUUUUUUAUUAUCAUAUUUAUUAUUUACUAAUAUUUUAAAUACUUAUUAUUUUUAUUAUUUGCUCGAAAAUAUUUUUUUAAUAUGAUGUAUCAU